AUGUCCGAUGCACUGUUUCAAAAUUCAUUCUACAUCGGUAAUGUUUUCAAUUCCAUUCUAUACGGUGUGGAGUUGGUGCUGUAUUUCAACACCAUGCAAGCGUACCUCGAAAAACAAUUAGAGCACAGGCCCUCCGACAAGUUUUAUAUGAUCUUCAGUACUAUAUUACUCUUUCUUAUCACGAUCUUUGUCGCCACGCAAUCAGUUUUGGGGCAGGAGAUGUGGAUUAUCAAUACAGGCUACCCUGGUGGAGCUCUCGCAUACUUUAUUGCCCACGUUUCAGCGUGGUAUCAGACGAUGGGUUCAGUUGCCUCCAUCCUGCUGCAGUUGAUGACUGAUGGUCUACUCAUUCAUCGAUGUUUCACGGUCUGGCGUGGAAGUUACCGCGUGCUUUUCGUUCCUUGUUGCCUCUGGAUAUCGUCUCUCGUAUUCGGGAUUCUCGACCUCAUCGCUAGUGGUUCCCCAAAUGGCGAUUUCUAUGAGGGGUUGGCAGCACGCGUUGGAUUGGUGUAUUUUUCCUUGACCAUUGGCCUCAACUUCAUUACUACUUGUCUCAUAUGUGGCCGCAUAAUGUUUUAUGCAAGGCGCAUGCAAAACCACCUUGGUCUUGAAGUUUCGAAGGCAUACUUCACUGCAGUAGCCAUUGUUAUCGAGUCUGCGCUGCCAUACACAUUAUUUGGGAUCGCGUUCCUCGUGUCAUUCGGCAUUGAAAGCGAUACCUCGAUUCUCUUCCUCUCCUUAUAUGGCAUGUUUACCUGUAUUUCCCCCCAAAUGCUAAUUCUUCGUGUUGUGAGGCGAAGGGCGUGGAGUAUCGAAACAGCGCAGCCAACGGUUCUGGUUUUCGCUACUCGCUCGGCUGCAGCGCCUCACACCACCUCUGAGACUGAGACUGGUAGCUCAGUGGUUUAA